GCGUAUUCGGCUCGUCUUUCAUGAGGAUAUUAGUUACUACCAUGAAUAAUGUUGGUCUUUGCUCUUCAGUCCUUUGAGCCAUGUUUGCUGAAUCAGUGUGUCUGUUGGGGUGUGUUGAGCUACAAAUAACCGUACCGAUGAAUGAAUAUGUAGCCUCCAGCUGUUGUGUCCUUUGUGGGGAGGAGUUGAUUCAGCAAUAUGUGGAACCUCUUACUCCGAAUAUAAAAUGGUUCUGCUCAUUCCGCGCUGAAUCUUCCCUCUUUACUUCGGAUCUCACCGUGAUGAAAGUCACCUUUGAUCCAACAGAAUAUCCCAACCGACCGAAACGUUCCAUCCAACGUUCCGUCACUAUAUAUCGUUCAAAGCGAGACCUGGAAUCCAUUUACUGUUUUCACCUGGCUUGCUGGCCGAACUUGAAGGCUGACCAACUUUAUCUAUCUGCCACUUGGCGCGUUCCAUGGCACCCCCUUCACGGCCCCUUUUUCCCAGUCAAUCCAUACACAGACAGGUUUACACUAUCGCGAGCCUUGAACCGACUAACAACAGCUUCACAUUGGAAAGAAUCGACUCCUUCAGAUGAAGGGCGUAGUAGCUCAGAUUUCUCAGAACUAACCAGACUGCUAAGAGGCAUAUUGAAUAGGCUGCCAGCAGAGAUUGUCUCCUUGAUUUGGAUGUAUCUUCAACCUUGUCCAGCUUGAUCAUUGCUCCCUAUCACGGCUAGCGGAGUGACAGAUCUUCUGAAGAAGCUUCGACCAUGCGGAAUUGGACAGAACGACUAUAUAAACCUAAACAAUCACAUCUCUGCUUACCUGAUACAUAUCAACGGGGCGAGCUAUAUCCGCGGGCUGGAUGAUGGAGAGCGGCUUUGUGGACACAGAAGUUCCACACGCCAUGACAUUUCACUCACAUCACCGAUCGUGGCAGUGACAUUUGAUCUUGGACUGUACAGAAUUCAGCGGAUACGGUUCCACUGUCAAGAUGGGUUCUUGAGGUCGGUUGGAAAUAAACCUCUUGAUCAAAGUGGACAUCAUUGGGCAGGAUGUAUACAAUCACAAGCAGGCUAUCUCUUGCCUUCAGUUGUGGUGGGAUGGACUUAAGCUUUACGCAAUCGAUAGACUAUAAGAGGACUCACCAUCACUUGGUGACGGGUUCCUAUGGGAUUGUGACUAUCCCAUUUCGGCGACCAACUUACUUACUGCAGAGACAUGCUAUGCGAAUCCAACCAACUCUAUAAGAGAGACUUCAGCAUGGACUCCUGUUCACCACCUCCCGUUGCACAACGCGCAAGGUGUACUUUACGGCAUCACUAUUUUCUGCAGCCCUUCUGCCGCUGUCGGUGCGCAUAUCAGAUCUGAUCAACCCCCUAACGAAAGAAGAGUGAGCUGGACCGGCCGUCAGACUGGAUGUCCCAUCUACUUCCGGUUGAAAACCACGGACGGAAACUAUCACUUCUAUCUGGGUUGUUCAUCAUCGGGGUGAUAGCUUUGUGACCCCUUUCAUCAUUAUGAAAACAAGUGAGGGUAGAACUAGCAAUUUUGGACCUUACAUGCACCCGUCCGCCCUUCAGACUCGGCUUCUUGCUAGUCAAGCACACGGAAGAAUAUCUGGGAUAUAAUAUGAUGCUUAUCAGCGACAUCCGUCCUGCAGUACCAGCUUUGGUAUUUACUUUUGUCGUAAAGUGGUGGAUAGCGCCAAAAUCAACAUCCCACCGCAAUCUCUGCCCUACCGACAUCCCUUCUAUCCGAGGGUCUCCCCUAGGUAUCUUUCUAUCCCGCGCAUCCCUGAGGGAUAUUAACGAAAUCGAAACCUGUUCUGUUGAGUCGCGCUGUACUGGUAUGAUGAUCCCAUAUACCGACGGCGCCCAGGAAAUUUUUGGUCAGUGGUAUGAAUCCUUACCGUCAAAACAGACUGUUGUUUAUGAGACAAAGAACGGCAACCCUUUUGAGAAACUUCACUUUCACCUGUCCUACGAAAAUGGAUCUACCGCACUUCGUCAAGUUACAUUGUUUCCUCUGUAGAAUAAUUUCAACGGGACUGUUAAGGACAUCAGUUAUGGUGUGAGUGCCUUUCUGCGCUACAUGGCUCAGCGUUGACUCUUUCUAACAUAUAUAUCAUUUGGUGGUAUUCAGACUCCUCUGAUAUGUGAUCAUUUCUUAGACCGAGGAUGACGAUAAGUCUGAGAAUCCCACUACCAUUAGAUGACGGUGAUUCUACCAUUAUUAUAUUAGACAUAAUUUUUUCCCUCGGUAAUAUUUAGGUUAAAACU